GAAGUAUAAAGCCCCUGUGAGUCCGUCUCCCUACACCUCAACAGACCCUGGGCCGUGCUCGGAUGUUGGAUGAAUACGAACCAUAUUGGUUCCUACACGAGCAACUUGAAAAGGAAGGCAUCAUCGUUGAGAGUAUUGUUCCGUCCAAAAGACGUCCGAAUCUGUACUUCCGCCUUGCGUGCCCCCAGCGUGGAGUAUUCGUUAUAUCGCUGUACUAUCAUGGAUGCGAGAAGGCUAUACUCGAGUCUUACAUUACGAGAGACCAAUUCUCCGCAAUGCUAGAAGAAAACAAACACAUCCUUGACCUGGCUUAUGUUCAAUUGAACAUACCAAGGACAUUCGGCUUCCUGGAUAAGAUAUUUCCUUAACUUAAUGUGAGAUCUUGGGACUGUAUCUAUAGUUGCACCAUCCUUGCGCGUUCGAAUCCAGACCGCAUGUAGCGUAGGCAUCGUCGCUCGACAAGGCUCCAUAGAUUCCUGCCGUUGUGAUAUGUUAUUAUCUCGUGGCCCCCUCUCCUUGACCGUGGACAUCGGAUCAAGCACCAUACUAGCCUUCGUGCAAACCCAUAGUAUGUCCAAACCGG